CAAAGCGUAUGAAUCAAAGUUUGUAUAGCUAGUAAGCUAGGUUUAGCAUGAUGAGCGCAUCAAAAACAAGGAACGCAUGCCUUAAAGAAAAUCCAUGCUCAGCUUUGAAGCUGUUCGGCUUUUCGUUGAAGGUGACUGGCUCUGAGGAAUCCUCAGUGACAGUAAAAGGACCUUAUAAUGGAUAUAGGAGAAGAUUUGAAUGUCACUACUGUCACCGAGAAUUCUCUAAUCCUCAAGCUUUAGGUGGCCAUCAAAAUGCACAUAAGAGAGAACGUCUACGUGCAAUUGCAAGGCGAGCCCAGCUUGCAAACCAUUAUCAUCAACAGCCCAUAACAGCUGUCCCCGCCAUCAACUCGGAUUCAAUGGGAUCAGGACCCUUCAUUUGUGCAACAGCACCACCUUUUUCAGAGCCAAGUCCUGGAGACCCUCCUCAAGCUGUCAGCACAGGUGGCUCGGGGCCUUUUGUUUCAGAAGUUAAUGGAGGAGAUGAUGAUGUUGAUCUGCACCUGCGGCUGGCACUGUAUCCAUGACCUUUCGGUGAUGUGUUUCUAGGUUUUAACUCUUCCAUAGCAGAUAUAAUUACAGGUUGAUUUAUCCAUUUGGGAUGAAUAUAUAAUAUACUAUAGCUACCUUUUAGUGUACUAUUCUGAACCAUUUAGAAUCACCAGAUAAAUGUUUGGAAGUUAUUUAGGUUUGACUGUAACGUGAUGAAUAUAUUAAAAUAUUAGAUUUUUCAUUCACUGUCUAGAUUGAUGCACAUAAUGUAAUAUGUAAUCAAAAUUUUUAUUGAA